AUCCUCGUUGUCGCCGUGAAACCCACUCUGGUAACUCGCCUCACACCGCCUCGGCUUGUGCAAACCAUCACACUCAACUAUUUGAGCCCCAAGUACCUCCUUUACUCGCACCAUCUACACACCCCAACGUCAACGACAGGAGUGGCACUCGCACGCACACCUCAACGCCAGCAGCCCCACAAUGCCGAACAAUAACAAGAAGAACCAGCGUAUCUACGACGCGCUGUACAUCAAGUCACUCCAAGGCAUCGCCCUGCCUCCCAAAAUCAAAUGUGGACGAUGCGACAAGUACAAGGGCCAUGCCAACUACUCCCACAAGCAACUCUGCGACGCUCGAGAAGCCAUCAAACAGAACGGCAAGAAUGCACGGUACUCCAUCAAGUGCUCCGAAUGCACUGGCGGGCAGCCAAUGGAGCUCGAGUGUUCUGUGUGCAACCAGGUCAAGGGUAUGGAUGACUUCGCUAAAUCGCAGCGCUCCAAAGGCGAUGCUGCGGUGUGCUUUGCCUGCGUGGAUAAACGAACUGCGGUGGAGGCUGUAGACGAGCACGUUUAUGAGAACCCAGGCAAGGCUUUCGUCCCCAUGGAUACUUCCGAUGGGAGGUACCCUGAAAUCUGGUCCAACAAGUCGACGACCAUGCGUACCAAGUCAGAGGCCGAGGAAGAUGAGUGGGCCCAGGACGACCAGGACGGCGGAGUGAAGCUCGCAGACAAUUUCCGCAGCUUGUCUAUCACGCCCAGUGUGGGCACCUUGAUCGAUGCCGAUGACGCUUCGACCUUCAGCUCCCAAGGCGGUCCAGUCAAGUCCAGUGAUGCUGACGAUGGCUGGCAGCAGGCCAACAAAAAGAAGACUGCAGCCAAAGCUGGGUCCCUCUCUUACAAGACCUUCGACUCCAGCUACACUGAGCGCUCUGGGCAGAACUCCUACAAUACGCAGCGCGACAAUACUAUCAUCAAGAAGAACGGUUGGGCCAAGAUCCCGGCAUAUAAACCCCCCAAGCCUCCGAGCGUUGAGGAAGACGAGGAAGAGGACGACUGGAAGAGCCAGUCUUCGGGAGAGGAGAACAACGACGAUGACGACUCCGAUACCGAGAUCUAGCGACACAGGCCUUGCCUCUGGCAUCAGUUGCGGAUGUCGGAUUUCUCCUUGCCAUUCUUCGGUGCUGAACUACCUUCGCCAGCCUUUGAGACCUACGACAUCGACUGGGUU